AAUCUCCAGGCUGCAGCCUUGGAAAAAGCAGCCCACUAACUCAAAGUUUUGGGUUUGCCAUGCAAACCUUUAACUUUCAAAUUAUUCAAUUAAGUUCUCAGUAACCAAGGACUGUUAUUUAAAAUAUAUCAAACAAGGAUGGGAUUUCAUCAAUUCUUCACGUUACCAGAUCAGGAUCUCUUCUAGUAGUAACUAUCAAGUAAUAUCCUCCAUUGAUUAGUCUAAUGCUAUCCAACCCGAAAAACAAUCAUGUUGAUGCCUAGAGUGUAGUUUAAUUAAUGAAGUACCUAAUAAAUCGCAUCUCCUCUAUUAGUUUCUCUCUCUUUCCCCCUUUUCUCUCCCUUCUCUCCUGCCUCUGCCUCCCUUCUCCGCCGCUGUGUUGUUUUUGCUCGGAAGCCUUUGAGCUUCCGAGAUCCACCAUCGCCACCAUCACCUCCGUUCUUUCACCUCGGAUCUUCACCAUCCCCUUGCUGAGCAUCUCAUCAUCAUCACAGCCUCCACCUUCAUCACCGGUAAUCAUCAAAGCAGAAGGGUUCGGCAGCUACCAGAAAUGGGGAGAAGAUGAAGCAGAUCUAGCCGGUAAUCACGGAAGCGAAGCAUUCACUGAAUCUCCAACCCACCGGCGACAGGUUGAGGAAGACGUUCGCGGCGUGCGGCGUGCGGCGUGCGGCGUGCGGCGUUCGUCGUUCAUGAUGAAGAAGGAGAACAGAAACAGAUCUGCAAUCGGAAAUCCAUUGUUUUUUUUUUUAGUUUGAACUUAGGUGUACCGGUCAUAUUUCAGUAUGGUGGCCGGUACACAAAAUUUUGGCCGGUACAUUGGAUUUUGACCGAAACGACCGAAUUUUGAUCAAAACGAAAUUUGAUGUUGUACCGUUUCGGUCAAGUGUCAAAAUCGGUAUACCGGUCGGUACGGUACGAGAUUGACUUCUUUGUUCUAAACACUAGCCACAUUGACAUGUUAUAUGUGAACCAGUUUAUUUCUUUUAUUUUUGUAUCUUGUCAUGGGAAUAUAAAUAUUGAUAAAUU